UGGCGACGCGGGUCUGGGCCAGCGGGGUUAGUUCCAGGACCGGGCGGGUUUGUACCUGCGCGCCGGCUCCGCCGGCUGCUGUGGGGUCCCCGCUCCCCGCUGGGUGGCUGGGCCUUUGGGGACCGCCCCCUGAGGACCCUCCCGCGUCGACCUCCAGGACCGCGUCCCGGGGCUCCUGGAAGAGAAGGCUCGAAAAUAGGGCAAGUUGCUAGCGCUGCUUGAGGACCAGGCUUUUUCACCGCCGAGGAUCUCCUGAUCUGCGCUUCAGCCGCGAGAGAGGUCUUGGUCCCGCUCUUUACAGAGGAAGAAACUCGGCCCGGGAAAGUUGACUGAAAACUGGAAGUUAAUAAAGUUUGAAUGUUAAUCUACCUCCUGUUGACUUCCCAAGUGACUCUGGGUGAGCCGCUUAACCUUGUCAUCAUCUGUGCCCCCUUAGCACCAUCUCCCACGAUGCUUGUCGCAAAGACGAACAUUUGGAUCCAUCCUGAGAUGGAUCCAUUCUGAGACAGACCAUGGAUACCCUCGUGUGGUUUUAAUCAGGAAUGAAAUCUGAAAGCUAAGAGCAGAAGCGUUUUUGGUCAAUAUGGAGGACAAAAGACGGCGAGCCCGAGUGCAGGGAGCCUGGGCUGGUCCCCCUAAGAGCCAGGCCCCUGCUCAGCCAGCCUCCCCUGCUAAGAGCCGUCUCCUCCAGAGACCUGGUCACGCAUGGAUGAGCAAGGAGCAUCACCUUUCAGACAGACAGUUUGUGUUCAAAGAACCCCAGCAAGUAGUACGCAGAGCUCCAGAGCCACGAGUAAUUGACAAAGAGGGUGUGUAUGAAAUCAGCAUGUCACCCACAGGCAUAUCUAGGGUAUGUUUGUAUCCUGGCUUUAUUAACUUAAAAGAAGCUGACUGGGUAUUGGAACAGCUUUGUGAGGUCGUUCCCUGGAAACAGAGGACUGGCAUCAGAGACAAUGUAACUUACAAGCAACCAAGACUUACAGCAUGGUAUGGAGAACUUCCUUACACUUAUUCAAGAAUCACUGUGGAACCAAAUCCUCACUGGCAUCCUGUGCUGCGCACACUGAAGGACCAAAUUGAAGAAAACACUGGCCACACCUUCAACUCCUUGCUCUGCAAUUUGUACCGAAACGAGAAGGACAGUGUUGACUGGCACAGCGACGAUGAACCUUCGCUAGGGAGAUGUCCCGUCAUCGCCUCAUUGAGCUUUGGUGCCACACGCACUUUUGAGAUGAGAAGGAAACCUCCACCAGAAGAGAACGGAGACUACACGUAUGUGGAAAGAGUGAAGAUACCCUUGGAUCAUGGGACCUUGUUAAUCAUGGAAGGAUCGACACAAGCUGACUGGCAGCAUCGAGUGCCCAAAGAGUACCACUCUAGAGAACCGAGAAUAAACCUGACCUUUCGGACAGUUUAUCCAGACCCUGGAGGGGCGCACUGGUGAUGUGAGAGCUUUGAGAGAGAAGCUGUGCCAAGACUGAGCAAAUCUUCCACCGUGAAGAAACUUCCAGAGGCUGGUCCAGCUGAUCUCGCAGGGAGGCUCUUCAGAAGACAAGGGUGGGAUUUGCUUCCCAGCUUUGGAGUCCUAUUGAAUGACAGCCAGCGGGUCAUAUUCAUACUAUGUUUACUGUGGGAACAGUACCCCUAAUCACAUCUUAAAAUCACAGAGCUUCUUUAGGCAAAUUAAAAACUGCUGUGGCUGUGCUCACGGUGGGUUUGUCCUUGA